UCAGUUUCUUGUGACUCUCUGCGCGGUUAACUUGGCCGAUCGGCGGGCAUGCGCGACUCCUAUAUCUGAAUCUGAAGAAUUGUAAGAGGAGGAAACCGAGGCAGCAGCAGAAAAAAACCCGUCUCGCUAUAUACGUCGACUUUGUUGUUGCUGGUGUCUAUCUCUGUGCCUUUUGUCAAUGAUUUUGAAGCCAACCCAAGAGGGUAGCUAAAUUUCGAUUUUCUUCUGAGAAUUUCCAAAAAAGAAUCAACCAAGAUUUUUAACAAAAAUUUCUAACAAAAAAAUUGUUCCAAAAGUGUGUGUGUUUUAUUGUGUGAAAAGUGAAAAUCAGUGAUCUGUAAUGAUCAUCUAAAAGAGAAAAAAAAAACCGCGCGCCAUUAUCGAUUUGCUUAGUUAUCAAGCACAUGCUUAUAUUUAUACAAUUUACCAACGGUUUUUUACAAUCUGCUCACCGCUAAAGUUGAAUGGAAUAAAUUUUAAUCUACUUUUUUGCACGCUACGUGACACUAAAUGAACAUGUUAAUUUUAAAACUUCCCAAAAUGUUUAGCCAACUUUGGCUUCUACUGCUCCUAUCACUCUUAACCCUACAAGGCCCACAGCCAACGGCCGGCAGUGGUUACAAGACGCAAUCGAAUGUGGAGUUGCUGGAGAACGAUUCGCGAUACAUCUCCUAUCAAGAUUUAAUGUCCACUGCUAAACGAUUUUACGAUCCCGAAACGAGCUGGUAUUCGGAAAUGCUGUUCGACGUGGCCAGGAGCCAAGUGAUUGUCGGCGCCAGGGACACUCUGUUCCGCAUGUCUUUCGAUCUGGAGCCACUGGAGCGGGCCAGCUGGGGGGCCACGCCAUCGGAGAUUGCCAUGUGCCAGGCAAAAGGCCAGUCGGAGCGAUGGUGUCGCAACUAUGUGCGCGUGCUCCACAGCUACGGUGAGAACCAGCUGUACGCGUGUGGGACGAACGCCUUCCAGCCGAGCUGCUCGUGGCGCCAGAUGGAGAACCUCAACAUCACUGGUGUGGACAGCGGAGUGGUCAAGUGCCCCUUCCAUCCGCAGGCGAACAGCACCAGUCUGCUCCAGUCGAAUGGACAAUUGUUUGUAGGCACCGCCACAGAUUUCUCGGGUAGCGAUGUGGCGAUCCUGCGAACGGGAGUGCAAUCUAACGAGCGUUUCCUCCGCACAAAACAAUACAACAAUAACUGGCUGAGUGGAGCCCAAUUCGUGGGCAGCUUCGAGGCAGGCAACUUUGUUUACUUUUUGCUCCGCGAAUCGGCAGCCGAGCACAUGAGCUGUGGCAAGGUAAUAUAUUCCAGGAUAGCUCGAGUCUGCAAGAAUGAUGCUGGUGGUGGCAGGCUAUUGAAGGAAAACUGGACAUCCUUUUUGAAGGCUCGCUUGAACUGCUCACUGCCCGGGGACUAUCCCUAUUAUUUCGAUGAGAUUCAGGGCAUGACAUAUGCCGAAUCCGAGUCCAUACUAUAUGCCACCUUUAGGACUUCAGGAUCCAGCAUCUUUGGCUCUGCAGUCUGUGCCUACAACCUCAGUGCCAUUAACGAAGCUUUCGACGGACCCUUCAGACACCAGGAGCACGCGGAUGCAGCCUGGCAAACGGUGGACACCAACCAGAGGAGCCAAUUUCAGUGUGCCAGCGGUUCAACCAGCUUUGGCCACUGGCUGGAGAGUUCCCGUUACCAACUCAUGGACAAGUCAGUUCAACCCAUUGGUGCCCAGCCUUUGUAUCACUCCAAGCUGGAACAGUUUGGUCGCCUGGCCCUGGACAUUAUCCAUACGAAAACGGAGCAGGUGCAUGUACUGUUUGUGGCCAGCAGUGGUAAUCACAUCAAGAAGCUGUCGGUGAAGUACGGCGGAGGCGAGGCUCAAACCUGUCUGGUGGAACUGUGGCAGGCGGAUGACACUGGAAGCAGUUCGCUCUUAAACAUGGCUUACCUCAAGGUUAGCGAUUCGCUCUACCUGGGCACCGACCUGGCCCUCACCCGGAUACCCGCCCAGCACUGCAGCCGGCAUGUCUCCCAGUCGAGCUGCCUGAACGCCAUGGAUCCGUACUGCGGCUGGAACGAGCUGGUGGAGCGUUGUAUGCCUCAACCUCUAGACUCCUCUGUGUGGCAGCAUUGGCAUCAGGCACCGCAACUCACUUGUCCAGUGCUAAAUGCUCCCAUUGAUGGUGGAUGGUCCACCUGGAGCCCUUGGGCAGUGUGCCAGCAGCAUGAGCAGCCAGACAGCAACUGUCAGUGCCGUCAGCGCAGCUGCAAUAAUCCUCAGCCGCAGCACGGAGGCUCCACUUGCGAGGGCAUCAGCACACAGGUGACCAAUUGCACUCAACAUGGUGGGUGGACAGAGUGGUCAGCCUGGUCGCCCUGCUCUCAAACCUGCGGCAUAGCCGUAAAGAUCCGGCGACGUUCUUGCGGCAAUCCUAAGCCAGCGUAUGGCGGACGCACUUGCGUGGGCUCGGAACAGUCGGAGAUUUAUUGCCGCCAUCUCCCUCCCUGUCCGGUGGCCAAACCGCAGUCCGUGGACGGCGGCUGGGGUCCGUGGGGUGAGUGGAGCGAGUGCAGUGCCCAGUGUGGUGGUGGCUUCCGGAUGCGUCGUCGCGAGUGCAAUGAUCCGGCUCCCCUCAACGGCGGCAUGGAGUGUCCAGGCUGCCGGCUGGACUACGAGGAGUGUAACAUGCAGAGCUGCCAGGAAGUGCGCAAGCUCAGUGCCUGGACGCCCUGGCUGACGUCUGCGGGCAGUGGAAACUCGAGUGAGCCGCAUUUGGAGCGACGCUACAGGUACGCCUGCCGGGCCACCAGUCCGGAUGCCAGCUCAGUGAGAAUUAGUCUGGCCAAGGAGGAGUCCCGUAGCUGUCAUGCUGAUGGAAGCUGUCAGCGACAGGGUGACCACGAAGCCACGGAUUCAGCGGAUUUGGCAGACUGGUCACCAUGCAGCGUGAGUUGUGGUGGUGGAACCCAGCACCGGCAACGAGGACGCGGCACUCAGAGUCGCGUGUGUAAUCUUCAGGCCUGUCCCACGGAUGACCAACUGACGGGCAAUGCCAUAGACAACGAGCUGGAGCAUGGAGAGUGGGGUUGUUGGUCGGAGUGGUCUGCUUGCUCGGUGACCUGCGGAUUGGGUCUGCGUCGGCGCACAAGACGCUGCCUGGGAGGACACGAAAGGAUGUGCCAGGGUCGCGCCCUAGAAGAGCAAAAGUGUGAAAUGGUACCUUGUGAAGAUUUCCUGGGCUGGAGUUCUUGGAGCGAGUGGUCUAGCUGCUCCAGCGAUGGCAUACGCCUGAGGCAUCGUCGCUGUCUUAUGGAGCAGCCCAGUGCCCAGGAGUGUCGGGGGGCAGAGUUCGAAAAGACCGCCUGUGUGCCCAACGAAUGCGAGGAUGUCCAGUCUGCCUCUACGGCCACUGUGCCCAUUGUUAUAGGAGUUUGUCUGCUGAUAACUGUGGCCUGUUGUCUGGCCACCUAUAGAUUCACCAAGCAGCGUUUCCUGCUCAGCGCUGAGGAGGCUCUCAACAAGACCACUACUACCACAGCCAGCUUUGACACUUAUCCCAAUCAGUAUUCCAGCCUGCCCACCAAAGAUUACUACGACCAACGACCGAAGCGCCAGUCCAGCUUCCGCAUGCCCGCCAAGACGAGCAAUCUGGGCAAUGGCAAUGGCAAUGGCACCCUCAAUCGCAACAACAUGCAUCACAACAACACACCCAAGGUCCUGGCCAAGACCUAUAAUGACUGCGAGACGGGAACGCUGAAAAGACAGUCGGCUUUGAACAAUUGCCGGAGCAACAUUGAUGAUGAAAAGUUCUAGAUCCGGCUGUAGCCUGUCUCCUCUAGUGCCAUGGAAAUAUUAGAACGAUAUAUAUAAAUUUGAUUUUUUUUUUGCGCCGAAUCGAUGCAGAAGCAAAAAGUUCCUUGAGUGACUCACAUUGAGUCGUUUUAGUUAAGCUAAUUGAGGUAGUUAUGGACCUAAGUAGUUUCGAUUAAGUUAGUUAGAGUUUAAAGUUAAGAAGAGAAAGUAUUUUAGGGGAUUUUCCAUUUGAAACAUUUCAAAAUUUCAAUAAGAUUCACUCUGUUUUUGCAUUUAAUUUUGUAGAUAUGAGUCACUUUAAAUUGUUGUACAAAUCGUUUAAGUUUAUUAUAAAAAAUAAAAACAAAGCGAGACUGACCGUUAAUAAUUGUUUAGAUAUGAAAGAAAAUGUGCUAAAUUUCCCAAAAUUAAUGCCAUGCAGCGAAAUAUUCAACAAUAUUUAAUUAUGUUUAAUUAUUCGCCUUAGUUUAACUUUAAUUUAUCGUAGUUUUUAGAGUCCGAACUGACGUAGUCGAGAUAGAGCCUAAGAUACGUACACUACGAGAAAAUAAAGCGAGUUUUACUAACCAAA